AUGGCAGACUCUCAAAAAAUUCCAUUUGAACUAUUGGUGCAAAUCCUAUCCAGGCUGCCUCCAAAAUCUCUAAUGCGAUUCAAGUGCAUCCGUAAAUCAUGUGAAGCUCUGAUCAAUAAUCCCCAGUUCGCAGUGAAGCACCUCCACUAUUACAACGAUCUCUCCUCCUCUACUAGCAUUCUUUUCAGGCGUACUGCCGAGCACAAGGCCAGUGACAACUUCCAAAUAUACUUUUCAUAUCUUCAUCUCUGCAACGACAAUGACAUUGAUGAUGGUGAUGAUCAUAGCCUUCAAUUCAGUUUGGAGGACAUCCACUUUCCACCUUCUAUGGGAUUAAAGGUUAGGGGGCCUUUUAUUGAGCUCCCUCCUGUUAGUCCUAGUAGAAUUCGUGAUGAAUCUGUUACUAUUUUAAGUCAUUACGAUGGGAUUGUUUGUCUAUCUCUUCACAGUGACAACAUUGCUCUAUACAAUCCAGCAAUCAACGAAUGCAAGAUCAUUCCCGAGUCAUGCAUUCCAGAUGGUAAAGGAUACUACGUUGGAUUCGGCUUUGAUCCAAAAUCUAAAGAUUACAUACUUGUUAGGAUCUUAUUUUUCGACGACAUAUAUGAUGGCGAGUAUGGAGAGCAUGUUGUUAUUCUACCUCCUAGAGCAGAAGUGUUCUCACUGAGUGAUGAUUGUUGGAGAGAGGUCAAUGCUGAUAAUUUAAGAACAGAAGACAGAAACAUAUUUGGCUUGGAUUGCGAGACAUGCUUCAAAGGUGUCUUCUAUUGGAGGGGAUAUGACGAACCGAAUGAGUACGAGAACUCUUUAGACAGAGAUGUGGAGGACCUUAAGUAUCUAGUCAUUUUAUUUGAUUCGUGUGACAGAGUAUUUCAUACUGUAAAACUCCCUGAGUGUUUCUACCAGUUUCCGCUUCAUGAAUUCAUCGUCACGGUGUGGAAUGAACGCAUUGUUCUAUAUGGUUUUUAUAGGGGUGGAGAUCAACCUUCUGAAAUUUGGGAAAUGGACGACUUCGCUACUACUGGUGUCAAGUGUUCUUGGACAAAACACUUAUCCAUUGUGCCCUCAAUGAAGGCUGAGAUCAGGGUUCCACUUACAUUGGGACUUUGGAAGAGCGAUGAGGUUCUUCUGCUUACCAAAACUGGAUACUUAUGCUCCUACAAUUUCGUCACCGAUAAACUUAGGCAUCUUCCCAUUCAUUAUUUGGCUCAUGGAAACUAUAACCAAAUUGUUUGUAAACGUAGUAUAGUUUCGCUUAAGAGUGGGAAUAAGUUUGAGAGCACUGAUGUAAUUUCUAAUGAUGUCUCUUGUCCUUGA